AUGAGUGCGCCCGAGUCUGCGAGAACGUGUGCAGCGUCUGCGGAGGCGCUCUUUGCGCUCUUUGACCUGCAGGUAUCCGAAGCGGCGACGCCGUAUCCGUUCCUCUAUGCGGUUCGUGAGCAGCAAGAACGACACCAGGAGCGAAGUCAGCUGCACGUGUCGUCACCAGGGCGGGGCGCGGCUCCAGCGCAGACAAACGAGCACCAGACCGACAGCGUGGUCUUCGAGUUUCAAAAGGCGCCCUCACAAGAGGACUUUAUACGAGGCUCGCUCUAUGGGCAGCGGUUCCGCUUGACUCGUAUUGUUGAAACGUGUCAAAGAGCUGGGCUCAGUCUUUCCUUGAAGGAACCUCAUGCCUGGACCAUGCGAGUGCUCAAGGAUUUCAUUUGCUUGCAGCUAGACCUCAAAUCCUUGCUUUCGGACGACUUUGCGCUUGAGCUUUUGAUCGGUGGGCGUUUGGUUCCGCUUUCCUUGCCCUUACUUGCAGUUAUUCGCUCUAUAGAAGCCGCCACCAGCACUAUCGUGGUCAUUUAUCGGUUGGCAGGUCUUGAUGGCGAGGCAACUGAGCCGCACUUUACGGUCGAAACUGCAAAGCCACCGGCCGAAGACGCUUCUGGCACGGCAGCAAGAUCAAAUCCAUCCCGCGUGGUCCGACGGCUCCUUUUCAAAAGCUUUGUUCGGGGCGGUGGGCUGGAACACGUCGUGCGACUCAUACCGCUCGCACCGUCUGCGGCUAUUCACCAGCUGGUAGCCCUUUUUGAUAUGGAAGCGUCGGAUGAUAGCCAUCGCAGCAGCACACAUCAGGUAUCGGUCAAGGAGUCGGAGCUGGCAAGAUGUUGGUCGGCAUGUCUAGAUACGGCCCGACGGCAGCGUCUUACAAACGAGGCGUUCCUCGCUGCUGCGCAGCUAGCGGCACGAGGCUCCCCGGAACUUGCCGCAAUAGCCAACCAAUUGCUGGACCUGCUGGCGAAACAGCUGACACCGUUGGAGGCACGACAGCAGGACACCAGCUGCUCGCCCUGUGCGUCCGCGAUAUGUGAACAGGCGAGUCUGUGGUUGCGACGCUCGACGCCUCGGCAACAGCAACAGCAACAGAAGCAACCGCCCGCGCGAGAUCAUCGCAGCUGCACGGGAUUAACUGGGGCGUUUUCGGGUGCGCAGGACGCCCCCACUGCCGAGAAAGAACGCCUGUGGCUUCGUUUGCUGGCGCGUUUCGGGGACGUCCCGACGGUGCUUACCGCAUUGCGUCUUCCACUUACGUCGGCUGUAUCAAUAGCAUCCGAGCACUGGCCGAAGACGGCCGUACGACAAUGCGGCAUCAUGCUGAGCUUCCUCCCGCGUGGCGAUCUGUGGAACGCCCUCGAUACUUGCGGCUUUAUCGCGUGGUGCCAACAGACCCUGCAGGAUCUCAUGUCAGCCGUGCGUACUGACGUGAAGACCGGCUCCUCAAAUGGCACCGAGCAGGUGCCGCAUCAGAGGCUGCCACCAGCGUCCACACAACCGACUGGAUCACAGACAGCAACAAGGGCGCUGCAAUCCGGAAGCACAGAGAUUCGUAUCGAGGACCUAUGUCGCUUUCUCCAGCUGGCGGUGACGAGUGCACCAGCUGAGCUCCAAAAGCGCCUAGGGCAUUUCCCGAACUCUGUCCAAGUAGCGAGCAGCCUCAUCCAGCUUGCUAGACAGCCAAGUAGCAUCGGGAACGCUGCGGAGGACCUUAUCGAGGCCAUCAACCGGGUCGGCGGUCCCGGAUCACAGCACCUUCAUGAUGCUGCAGCGCUUUUGCAGAGCACUCGGCGCCAGGCGGCGCUCCUUGCUCGUCAGCGAGCAACGCAAGCGAUACAGCGUCAAAUAGAUGCACUCUGUCAACGCCCGGAGGCGGCAGCAUGUCGCAACGAAAGCAGUGCGGCAGCCGAAACCUGUGUCUUCUGUCGAGAAACGAAUACGCUCGAUACAUCUGACGCGCUUGGUGCCUAUGUGGUGCUCCAGGCACUAGACCUCUCUCGGAACUGGAGGAUGCUUCGGCGCCAAAGCGCUGUUCAUGGUCACAUAUCGAGCGCUAAUGCAGUCGAGGCAGCAGUGCACAUCGAGCCGUUGUGGGUAUUCUCGAUGAGCACGGCGGGAUUGUCGGUAGCGCACGAGUCCUGUCAUCGCCGAGCAUUGCAAAACGAUGCGCGCGCUCUCGCAGCAUACCUAGCGUUGGUACAGUCAUGUGCUUGCGGCCCAGUCGACAGCAAGACGGCGAAGACGAUUGUUCUGUUCCCGCUCUGCGUUCAGGGGCAGCGUACCAACGCGCAAGAUAUGCUUCAGAAUCUGGUAAGCAGCGUCGAGAAGAUGUAUCCUACGGCACCGUUUUACCCGGAUGCUCAGCGUGGAGCUGUCCUCAGAUCCCCGCUGCGAAUACGUGCGUUGCUGCUCGCUAGUUUAGCACUGUUCCUCUACCAGAUGGGACCGGAAUCAGUCGCAGAUGCGACUAGUACUGUGGGCAGCGCGCCACAUCCAGCAGCGAAAACGGCAUCACAGGGGCAGCAACGGUGGCGUCCACCAGCCGAGAAAGCGCUUUCCCUUUUACCCCACUGGGUUGCAGCGAUUUUGGAGUUAUCCAGUACGCUGACAUCGUCCAAUGCAGCAGCACAGAACGCUGCUCGAGGCGAAACGACGCUAAGCGCGAUCGAGCUCCUAGAAGCGGACCUUCUUUGUGCCGAGGUCGAGCCGCAGAGCAACGCGCCAUUCAGUUGGUCUGCUUCACUGCAGAAGUUUUUCUGUGAACUGGGACAGCUGGUGUUCGAAUCCAAAUCGAAUUCGUUGCGAGUCGGUGAGCGACUAGCGCCCGCAUGGGCACACGUCGCUCCGCCUGACAGAGCGUCUGUCUUCGAGGCGUGCACGCCCGAGGAGCCGUCACCCCUAGCGGCUCCAGGCUGGACGCAUACGCUUUCGGACGACAAGUCAGUGAACAAGCCGCUUUGGCCUCUAUGGAUUGGUUUGGCGUGUUGCCUCGUCUACUUGACGCGUGCUUCAUGGCAACAAGUCAGGCCGCAUGUGGAGGCAGCGGCACAGCACUGGGCAAGCGAAAAGCCGCGCUUAGCGGUUGCUCUGGCGCUAACAGACGCCUGGAUUCAUGACUGGCGAGCAGAGCGUCAUGAUGAUGGCGUGUUUCUGGAGUGGUUACGCCAACACGUCUCUGCGGAACGAGUUGCGCAACUGCAUGCGACACUCGAUCACAGUGUUGGUCACCUGGCGCUGUAA